AUGUCCUCAACAUGUGCAGAAACUGUUACUGCUCAGAAGCGGACUACUCAGCGAAGAUCCAGAUAUGGCUGCCGCAAUUGCAAGCUCCGAAAGCUCAAGUGCGACGAAAGUAGACCUAACUGCAAGAAAUGUUGCGCAUUCGGGAUAGUGUGCAACUUCAUCUUCAAUAUUCCCGACCUGCAGCCCAUCGCCGCUGAGACAGGGAGGCCAUCGCUGGCGCUGCGAGGAACUGCCGAGCUACAGCCCCCCCUCGCCGGUGCGGUCUGGACGGCGGACCAAUCGACAUUCUAUCAGCUGAACACGAAGUGUCAGGACUUCCUCACUCGGUACUAUGGAAGUAGUCUUCUGACCCCAAAUGACCCGAAUAUGUUGCACGUGAAUCGCAAGCUCCUGCAACUAGCCUUCGUUUACCCUUAUCUCAUGCACGCCUCUCUAGCCGUGGCACUUACAUACGACCGCCACCUAAACACCGUAGGAGGCAGCCGUCGCAGUCUGGACGAGUGCUAUCACUGGUACCAGAGCACCGCCCUUCUCAACCGACGGUUCAGGGAGCGGCCGAUCAACGCCGAAGACAAGGAUCCACUCUGGGGCACCCUGGCUGCGCUGGCCGUCCUGGCCUUCUCAUCCCCUGAGGCAUGCACACCGGAAGAAUCGUGGCCCCUCACCCCCUCUGACCAGCAAACCGAUGCAUUGGACUGGGUCCGUCUGAGCAAAGGUAAAAUGGCACUGUGGCACAUCGUCGAUCCCUUACGCCCGGACAGCGUCUUCCGCGUCAUGGCGCCCACCUUUGCGCAGAUGAACGCCCCCUUGCCGCAGCGCGGCGUGCAGGGCAUCCCGCGGGCCGUGGCGGCCUUGUGCCUCCUCCACGAGGCAUCGACGGCGACAGAUAAUCCGUACUUCGAGGCCGCCCACGCUGUGGCCCUGACCCUGAACCUCCCAGACACCAAAGUCACCACCGGUCCCGCGCAGCUCUUCAUCCGCAGUAUUCACGGUGUCUUUGAGGAUAUGCUCCGGAAUCGGGACCCUGUCGCGCUCGUGCUGCUGUAUCUGUGGUAUCGUCAGGCCGGCCGCAGUAUCUGGUGGAUUGAGCUGAGGGCCAGAGUGGAAUGUCCCUCGAUCUGCCUGUACCUCCAACGAUAUCACAAGGAGGAUACUGCGGUGCAGGCGUUCCUUCCCGGUGGUGUCUUUGCUGAAAGGUGGGGUUGA